UCGCGUACACACGCCACGCUGGAUGAGAGCGAGAAAGAGAGAGAGAGGGAGAGGAAUAAAAGUGAGUCGAGCCAGGGGAGGAAGCGCCAAGAGCUCAAGCAUCGCCGCGGAACCCCUGACCUCGCGCCCCCCUUCCCCUCCCAAGCAUCCUCUCCGCGACUCGAUCCAAGAUGUAUAAGCUGGGGAGAGGAAGCCGCGACAAGGUGCAGCAGUUCAUGACCAUAACCGGCGCCAGUGAGAAGGUUGCCCUUCAGGCACUGAAAGCUAGUGAUUGGCACUUGGAAGGAGCGUUUGACUUUUUCUAUAACCAACCGCAGAUUUCUGUAGCCAAUACUCGGCAUCUUGAAAAUAUUUACAACAGAUACAAAGAACCUGAUGCUGAUAUGAUCAUGGUGGAGGGAAUAUCUCAACUUUGCAAUGAUCUGCAGGUGGAUCCUCAGGACAUUGUUAUGCUUGUCAUAUCAUGGCACAUGAAAGCCGCCACAAUGUGUGAAUUUACUAGGCAGGAAUUCAUUGGUGGACUGCAGUCAAUUGGGGUCGAUUCAAUCGAGAAGUUCCGUGAAAAAUUACCAUCAUUACGAGCUGAGCUAAAAGACGACCAUAAGUUCUGUGAGAUGUACAACUUCGCAUUCACUUGGGCAAAGGAAAAGGGUCAAAAAUCUCUCUCUCUGGAGACUGCCAUUGGAAUGUGGCAGUUGCUAUUUGCCGAAAGGCACUGGCCACUUCUUGAUCAUUGGUGUCAGUUUCUAAAGGUUAGUCAUAAUAAAGCCAUCUCUAGAGACACAUGGGCCCAGCUGCUGGAAUUUGUAAAGACGAUUGAUCCACAGUUAUCCAACUAUGACGAUGAAGGUGCUUGGCCCUACCUGAUAGAUGAAUUCGUGGAAUACCUGACCGAGAACGGAUUCGUUCAGCGUAAGCAGUGAACGACGAGGAGGCUGCUUUCUGACUUCUCCAAACACCAUGAUUGGGCUGUACAAACUUGAUUCGUUUUGGUCUAUACAAUGCUCGUAUGCUAGCAUCCUUGUUCGAUCCAUUUGCUAAACGGUGACAUACAUUGUUGUAUGAUGAAGUCUGCUGAUGAACGCGGAAAAACAUAAUUUAGGUUGGGAAGGGGUAGUUGUGGUUGCGGAUUACCUUCUCGUUGCAAUUGGAACUGUGGUCAACUGUGUUCAAUUUCUGCUCUCUA